AUGGUGCCAGCGCCUGAGGCGGCUCGCGUGGCCCUGCGCGUGCGCCGCGAGGACCGCACGCGGAAGGCGGUGCACGUCGCCCGCGACGCCGUGACGUCCUUCACGGUCGUGCGCAAGGCGCUGCUCGGCGCGCUGGGAACGGACAUGGACAUCUGGUUCCCGCUGCCUCUGGCCAACGCGCGGCCGGGCGACGACGCCUGGCGGCGCGUGCUCGCCGACGAGCUCGCCUGGAGGCGGGCGCCGAAGCGGGCCAUCGAGAAGCCACAGGACUGGGCCGACUGCCUAAAGGCCUGGGACGACGGCGCGAAAGACCGCUACGCGUCCCUCGCGCGCAAUUUGUCCAACGCCUACGCGGUGGCCAUCGAGGACGGCGCGAAGCGGCCCGAGGCGCUCCUGUGCGCGUGGGAGUUCGCCCACGAAUCCGCCAACGCCCGGGCGGCGACGGACCCGUUUUUGGGACGAGUGGUGCGGGCGGCGGAGGAUGAGGCGUGCCGCGGCGCGGCGCUGCGGGCCGCGUGGAUGCUCGCGGAGACGGACGCGGACGCGGGCACGCGCCUCUUGAAGCACGGCCUCGCGGACCGCCUGGUCAUGGCCGCCGAGGCCUGCGCGGACGAGGGCGCGCCGCAACCGGCGCGCUUCGCCGGCCGCGACGCCGUCGGCUGCCUCGUCGCGCUCGCGCGGAGCCGCCCCGCCGUCCGCGACGGCACGCUCGCCGGCGAGCGGUGCGUGUCGGCGCUCCUGCGCGUCGCGGGCGCCGACGAACUACCGCCGGAGGCGCGGGUGCACGCGGCGCACGGUCUCUGGUUGACCUUCGAGGCGGGCGGCGCCCUCCGGACCUGGGCCUGCCGCGGCGGCGCGCUCGCGGCGCUGGGGGCGCUCGUCGACGCGCGCCUCGGCGGCGCCUGCGACGAGACCGCCGCCGCGACGCUCGGAUUGCUCGCGUCCGACGGGGACGCGAGGGCCGCGGGCCGCGACGACCGCUACCCAGGCGCGUCGGACGCGUUCGCGGCCUGCUUAGACCUCUGCAAGCGGUCGUCGGACAAUCUCGACGCGUUCGGCGCGCUGCGCGUCGGCGCCUUCGCGGCGCACGCGUUGGCGGAGCUGCGCCAGGAGAAGAACGACGGCGAGGUCUGGGACCUGCUCCGAGAGCUCCCAGAGCUCGUCGUCGCCGCGCGCGACGCCGCACCCGAGGAGAAGCGGUCGGCCUACGAGCCCGUGAUCAACGCGCUCGUGGCCGCGAGCGGCUUCGCGCUGGAGCGGGGCGCGCCCGUCGAGGACCUGUGUGGCUGGGUCGACGCGACGCUCGGCCGGCUGCUGCCCGUCGUCGACCGCUCGGCGCAGCUCUCCGCGGGCUACGCGCUCUACAAGCUCGGCUUGACGCCCCACGGGCGGAGCGCGCUUCUGGAGGAGGCGAAUUUCGCCAAGUUGUGCGACGCGCUCGCGGAAAACGUCUGGAGCGAGCCGCUCGACCCCGACGUGCUCACGCCCGUCGGCGCGACGCUCGAGCGGCUGUCGCGGGAUGCGACCUACGAUCCGUGCCACCCCGACGAGGCGCACUGCGAGUGGCGCGACCGGGCCCACACCUACGCCUUCUGCCGCGCGCUCGCGUCCGUGGGCAAGGCGCUGCGGAACAAGCUCCGCGAGGAGAAGCUCGCGGAGCGGCGGGGGCCCGAGCUCGACCGGAACCUGCCCAGCAGCCGGCGGGAGCGCGGGCGCCAGCGGGGCGCGUUCCUCAUGAAGGCGGUGCGCGCGAAACGCCAGUGCGGCGACGUCUUCGACGUCGUCGCGACGGUCUGCGUCACCGUGGCCCGCCUCGCCCGGGGCUGGGCGACGUCGGCCGCGACGCACGGCCUCGUCCGCGAGGAGUCGCCGCUGCUCGGGCGGACGACGCUCUACACGCUCUGCCGGUGCAUCCCGCUCCUCCUCGCGCGGAAGCACGGCGGGAGCCUCGCCGCGGCCGUGUCCGGCUUCCGCGUGCUCGCGUGCGGCGCCGACCGCGUCUUCCGGAACCGGCGGGGCAACCGCGUCGACGGCAACCCCGUGGAGCUGCUGCUGGACAAGGGGUCGCUGGAGGUCGCCGUCAUGUCCAUCCUCAAGCGCGGCGAGCGCUGGGACCGCGACCGCGACGAGCUGAGGCCCGGCUACGGCGACGACGACGCGGACGACGCCGCGGAGGCGGCGCGCGUCGCGACGGAGGUCCAGGUGCGGCGCGAGACGCUGGAGAUCGUCUGGAAGCUCGCGACGGGGCGCGGCGGCGUGCUGUCGACGGCGGGCCUGAGCCCGGCGCUCGUGAAGCCGCUCCGGUCCGCGCUGCGGAGCGACCACGCGUACGAGGACUCGCGGUCCGAGGACGCGCGCGAGCGGUCGCGGGGCCUGCUGGCGGCGGCGGCGACGACCAUCCUGCUGCGCUUCUGCUCCGACUCCGUGCCCCACGCGGAGGAGCUCGAGCGGCUCGGGAGCGACGUCAUCGCGGAGUGCCUCGCGGCGCUCGAGCCGGGCCGCAACGACGACGUCGCCAAGGCCGCGCUCUUCUCCAUGCAGAAGAUGUCGGCCCGGGACCACCGCCUGCGCCUGCUCUUCGCCGCGCGCUGCGCGGAGCGCCUGGGCGAGCUCGCGAACAGGAGCCGCGGCGCGGACAUCCAGGUCGAGGCGCUCCACGUGCUCAUGAACCUGAGCGUCGCGCUCGAGGCCUGCGGCGCCGUCGCGAGGCACGCGCUCCUGCCGGCGCUCGAGGUCGCGGCGGCGUCCGAGCCCGAGGUCCGCGCGUUCGCGGUGAGCCUCCUGGCGAACUUGAGCCGCGACGCGCGCGUCUGCAACCGCCUCCACCUCCACAAGCUCCGCGUCGACUACGGCCACGAGGCCUUCGCGCGGCUCACGGCGCGGCGCGUCGCGGACCCGCGGCGCGACGGCGCGCGGGGCGCGACGGCGUGGGAGGCGUCGUACGGCGCGUGGCUCCUCGCGGCCUUCGACCCCGCCGAGGACCGCGAGGCCGCCGACGGCGGCGGCGGCGACGACGCGCCGCCGGCGCUCCGCGACGUCCGGGCCGAGCUCGCGGAGCACACGGCGAGCACGGCGGGCCUCUCGGACGCCGCGCGCGAGAAGGCGCGCGCCGCGGCCGCGCGGCACCUGCGGUCCGCGCCGAACAGCCUCUGGCUCACGACGCGCGACGCGCCGCCGCCGAGCCCCUUCCUCGUGCGCCACGUCGACGACGACGUGCUGAGGCGGCCGCGGCCCGCGUCCGCGCCCGCGGCGCGCCUCGAGGACGCGCGCGCCGACGAGGACGCGCCGCGGACCGGCAGCUUCCGCGUGGGCCCCGCGGCGGGCGACGCCGCGCGCGACGGCGUCGACCCCUGGGCGCCGGAGGUCGCGGGGGGCUGCGCGGCCAAGGGCUGGGGCAAGCGGUGCGUGCUCGCGCCCGGCGGCGCGCGGAACACGUUCCUGUUCCCCGCGAAGGGCCGGUCGAAGUUCGGCGACUGCGAGACGCGGCUCGUCGCGUUCAAGGCCGUCGUCGGCUCCAGGGUCGGCGACGGCGCGCCCAUCUACCUCAUCCCCCGGCGCGAGGUCGCCGCGCGGCGCGCGCCGCCGGACCCCGCGCCGGCCGCCGCGGGCCGCCGGCCGCUCGCGGCCGCCGCGCGCGUCGUCCGCGCGCUCGCGCUGACGCGGAAUCGGCCCGAGCCCCCGCCGUCGUCGUCGAGCUCGUCGCGCACCGACGACGACGACGAGCCGUCGCUCGCGACGACGGCGUCCGAGGCCGCGGACGACUACACGGCCGUCCACCUCUACCGGUCGACGCGCGUCGCGUCCGAGGUCCUCGAGCCCGGGUGCUGGCCCGACCCGGAGGCGCCGCCCUGCUGGCCCCCGGAGGCGUCGGACCUGCUGCCGGAGUCGGCCUACGCCGUGCCGCGCGCGGCCACCCACCACAUGCCCGAGCUCGUCGAGGCGCCCGACGGCGACUGGGGGCGCCUGCCCCUGCCGGAGCUCGCGCUCUACGCGUCGAAGAAGGCCGUCGUCGUCACGGAGCGGCGCAAGAACGCCGUCGCCGUGCCGCUCUGGGUCGUCGACAACUCCAUCUUCGCGCCGCGCAAGGGCGAGUCCGACGCCAAGGCCUUCUACGACACGCCCAAGGUGCGCCAGCGCAUGUUCGCCAAGGACUGGGCCUACCUCACGGGGCUGCCGCGCUUCCCCAAGUUCGCCGCGCGGCUCGGCGGCGCGAAGCGCGGCAAGGAGGCGUCGCCGGCGGUGCAGGCCGCGCUCGCCGACGGCGCGCGGCGGCUCUACGACCGGCUCAUCGCGGCCCACACGCACUACGCGACGCGCAACUCCAUGUCGAGCAACCCCUUCGACGUGACGAUGACGUCCUGGCUCCUCUUCCUCAAGGAGGCGCGGCUCAUCGACGAGCGGCUGACCGUCGAGGACGCGCAGCGCAUCUUCAUCAACUGCAACGUCGAGCACGGCGCGAGCAAGGAGCUCGCGGCCGCGAACGACGACGACAUGCUCAUCCGCUACGAGUUCGUCGAGGCGGCGCUCCGCGUCAUCGACGCGCGCUACGGCCUCGAGGACGCGCCGCCGCCGGGCGUCGACCGCGCGGAGCGCAUCCUGGAGGCCGUCGACGCCUUCACGCGGGACCACCUCGACCUGCUGCCGCCGGAGACGUUCGUCGACCCCGACGACUUCCGGCGCGAGGAGCUCUACACGGAGGACUGCGACAGGGCCCUGCGCCGCCACGACGGCCUGCUCAAGCAGCUCCACCUCGCGUUCGCGCUCACGCACAUGGUCCAGGGCCGGCCGUCGUUCUCGCUCGCCGAGUGGUACGCGUUCCUGACCAAGGCGGGCAUCCUCGACACGGCGGCGUCGCGCGUCCGCGCGCGGCGCGCGUUCGUCUACUCGCGGACGUCCUUCGUCGACAACACGGACGCGCGGUUCCGCGAGCUGUCCUACACGUGCUUCCUCGAGGCGCUCUGCCGCUUCGUGGGCCGCGACGUGCCCGUGCCGAGCGACGAGGCCCUCGAGGAGGUCGGCGCGGGCGAGUGCCUCGCGGAGUUCUACGAGUCGCUCUGGACGUCGUCGAACGGCGGCGACGCGCUCAAGGCGAGCCACCGGCUCCGCCGGCUCCUCGAGCCCGACCCGGCCAUGCCCCUCGCGCGCAAGCUCGGCCUCGUCCUGCCCCACGCGGUCCAGAACCUCGCCGUCGCCCACCGCGGCGACCUCCGCACGAAGCUCUCCACCGUGCGCCUCGCCCACGCGCUCUCCAAGGACCAGCAGGCCAAGUGGCUCGGCACGCCGGGCAUCCACAUCACGCGCGCGUCCAUCGACCACCUCUUCGUCGACCUCUCCCAGCAGGCGGCGAAGCUCAAGCGGCGAGCCGCGGAGAAAGCCGCGGGCGGGCACUAGUUUUGUGUUUUUGUG